AUGGCUUCUCAGCAGCCCACCGACGCUCCCUCACCAGCUCGACCUACUUCGGAGAGAGGGGCCUCCUACUCCCACCAGCCCAACACGUCCACUACAGCCAGCAUCGAACCUCCCAAGAGGGCUCACACAUUCCACGCCGCAACACCCUCCGAGAAGCUUGGAACUGCCGGAGCCGACGCCGAGGCUCCCGACACGUUUGACACCGCCGACAACUCCGACAAUGAAGAGUUCCCCGAGAUCACGCGAGCCUCGAUUGAGCUCGACGACCUCCCGAUCGAGCUGAUUACCUUGACCGACAGCUUCGUCGAGUCACUCUCCGCCAAGGUCCAUUCCACGCCGCCGAAUAUUGCCAAGCUAUCGCAGCUGUUCCAAGAAUUCUAUGCCCAGGCCUCUUCACACAUCGCGACACACGUUAGUGCCCUUGCUUCACGUCAGAGCCGCGAGACUUUCCAGCCUCCGCCACCAUCAUCCUCCGUCGCCAGCCGCAUUCGGUCGAAAGCUGCCUCGUUAGGCUCAAAGGAUAAAUCAAAGACGGAAAAUGAACAGCAGAUGAUUACGCCUGAAGAACUAGCAACUCGCAAGAAAGCACGCCGAGCUCUGGAGGUGAAGCGAAGCUUGCUCGAAGAGGCCGUGGAAAGGAGGCUAUGCGAGGGUAUCUACGAGCGAAUCUAUCGCCACAGGAGCACACAGGACGAAGCCCAGGAUGCGAAGCUGAGAUCAAAAACGGCCGCCUUAUCCCUCGUGGGCAUCGGGCCUUCAGAUCUGGGAAUAGACUUGGGCGAGGCGGAAGCGGAAAAGGGAAAGUCGACGGCCGAGAAGACAGAGACCAUCCGUGCUCAGCUGGAACCAGCAAGAAAGGAGUUGAUUAGGAUGGCAGAGUCAAGGUACCCGCUCGGCAAGCUGAAUCGCCUCAAGGCUGCACAUAAGAGCAUCGUCGAUACGCUGGCGCAGUUCCAUCCGUCGGCUUCGGCCGACGAAAUCAUGCCGAUGCUCAUCUACACACUCAUCACGCUCCCGCCAGAACAUCUUCACGUCAUCAGCGACCUCCACUUUAUACAAAACUUCCGCUGGGAGCAGAAGCUGACGGGCGAAGAGGCCUACUGCUUGACGAACCUCGAGGCUGCCAUCAGUUUCCUGCAGACCGUUGAUCUUGCCACACUGAGAGAGGAUGAAAGUCCGUCAGGCCCCGUCAAGACACCCGGACAACCUGCGACUCCCAAAGUAGAAACUUUUCCGCCGGCGUACUCUCAGGGGCUCACGACCUCACCGCAGAGUACUGCUGCUGUGAACACCGAAAAUGCCACAGCAUCAAAGCCCGAGACGUCGUCUUCAAGCCUCAAGCCGGCGGCGACCCCCAAGAACAGAAGAUUGAGUGACUUGGUCAAUACCCCAGCACAGGCAUUUGGCGCCGCUAGCGACGCAGUCUUCACGACGGCCGAUCAAGGCCUCAAGACCAUCUCCAACAGCCUAGGCGAGAGCUACAGCUUCCUCCUCGGCAAGCUUAAAGAGCGCCAAGAAGACCCCAAGGAGCCCAUCGCCGUCCCCAAGACCCUUGAUGAGGCUCGCAAGCUCGUGAGCACGCCACCCCCGGAAGACGAAGACAGCACGAUAUCGUCCAUAGCCACGCCAGACCCAGACCAGGCCAAGCCCCAGAAUGGCCGCCGGGAUGAGCGCGUGUUGAGCAUCAUCGGCGGCCGCCGCGACCGCAGCACAGACAGCACUCGCAGCGGCCGAAGCGCGAGCUCCUCCAAAAAGGUGCUCUUCGCAGAGGACCCAAAGGCCGCGGCCGCUGCUGCUCCUGUGCCGGCGCCUGCCAGCCCGGCCAUGCUGGAUCAGAUGCGCAACUUGAGCAACACGUUCAAUCCCAUGGCACGCCUUUCCGGCAUCAGCUUGGUCCGAGGGUUUGGCAGAAGCGCAUCCGGGCCAGUGAACCCUCCUGCCAAGGACGCAAAGGAUACCAAAGACGCCAAAGACUCCAAAGAUGCCGUGAAGCCAACUGAUGGAGGCGACUUGGCAACGGCCUUUCCAGACAUCGCAGCCGUCCUCCCACCAAAAGAACCCCCCAAGAUCCCUCCUCCAAACAAGCGCUUCAUGGAGCUCCAGAACCCGGGCGACUUGCGCCUCAGCGAGGUCCUCGAUCUCCUCAAAGACUAUCGUCGGCUUGCCGGCGCGUUGAAGAAUAUGGGCGCCUUUGAGGACAAAUGA